GUGCCAAACUCCAAUGUCCAAUCCCCUUCCCUCUGUCGCAUCUCUACCGUGGAACUUUUAAAAGCCGCUGCGCUCCACACAUCCAGCACGCAUGAGCUUCUGUCUGCAAGCGGUGGCACACCUCAGCUAUUAGAAACUCGUAACUUUAUUACUUUGUGACACAUUAAACAUGGCACUUCAGUGCACUAUUCUGCACGUGAGCCGCAAGAGUCUGCUCCAGGAGACGUGCAAGCAGUUUUUCCUGCAAGCCCACGGGCUGCACAAGUCCGAGGCGAGCGGCUCUCUGGAGAUCGCGGCGCACAGUCCAGCGGCUCUCAAGGAGGAGAACAUGGUGCGCCCCGCCGAGAAGGCGCAGAAGGCGGAGAGAGUAAAGACGCUGCAAGAGAUGCCCGGACCCAGCACCAUCUCCAACCUCAUGGAGUUCUUCUACCGGGAUGGCUUCAGCCGCAUCCAUGAGAUCCAGAUGGAACACUCUCAGAAGUAUGGGAAGAUCUUUAAGUCACGAUUUGGACCUCAGCUGGUGGUAUCCAUCUCUGACAGAGACAUGGUGGCUCAGGUUCUCAGGGCUGAAGGUGUGGCACCUCAGAGAGGAAACAUGGAGUCCUGGAAGGAAUAUAGAGACCUGAGGGGGAGAUCCACUGGACUAAUUUCAGCCGAGGGGGACGAGUGGCUGAAGAUGCGCAGUGUUCUUCGUCAGCUUGUCAUGCGCCCAAAAGAUGCAGCCGUUUUCUCCCCUGAUGUUAAUGCCGUGGUAUCUGACCUGGUGGACAGAAUCAAGACACUGCGAAGCCAGCAGAAUGACGGCCUUACUGUCCUCAACAUCAAUGACCUGUUCUUCAAAUAUGCAAUGGAAGGUGUGGCAACCAUUUUGUAUGAGACUCGACUAGGCUGCUUGGAAGACAAAAUUCCAAAGAUGAGUCAGGAGUACAUUGCUGCACUGCACCUCAUGUUUAGCUCUUUUAAGACCACCAUGUACGCCGGUGCCAUUCCCAAAUGGCUGCGUCCCAUCAUUCCCAAACCCUGGGAGGAGUUUUGCAGCUCAUGGGAUGGCCUCUUUAAAUUCAGCCAGAUCCAUGUGGACAAGAGGCUUUCAGAGGUCAAAAAGAAGAUUGAGAAGGGCGAAGCGAUUAAAGGAGGUUUGUUGACUCAUAUGCUCGUCACAAGAGAGAUGAAUUUGGAGGAGAUCUAUGCAAACAUGACAGAAAUGCUCCUGGCUGGGGUUGACACGACCUCUUUCACACUGUCAUGGAGCGCAUACCUUCUGGCAAGACAUCCCAUGGUACAGCAGGAGAUCUUUGAGGAAGUGGACCGUGUGCUGGAUGGACGGGUCCCAACUGGAGAGGAUGUUGCUAAUUUGCCCCUGAUUAGAGGGCUUGUAAAAGAGACGCUCAGGCUUUUCCCUGUUCUCCCUGGAAACGGCCGUGUUACACAGGAUGAUUUGAUCAUUGGAGGUUAUUUCAUCCCUAAAGGGACUCAGCUUGCUCUGUGUCAUUACUCCACCUCCAUGGAGGAGGAGAACUUCCCCCAUGCUGAUGAGUUCCGUCCAGACCGCUGGAUCCGCAAGGAUGCCUCUGACCGUGUCGAUAACUUUGGCUCCAUUCCAUUUGGCUACGGUAUUCGCAGCUGCAUCGGUAGAAGAAUAGCUGAGCUGGAGAUGCAUCUGGCUCUUACACAGCUCCUUCAGAAGUUCCACAUCGAGGUGUCUCCCCAGACCACUGAUGUGCGUGCUAAAACUCAUGGCCUCCUCUGUCCGGGAGCACCCAUCGACCUUAGAUUUGUGGACCGAAAGUAGACUGCCAUUACACUUUGUGUAAAUACAGUACAAAACUUAAUCCACCUUGUGCUUCUAGAAGUCCAAAGAUGGUUAGUGUCAUUAUGUAUUACAGUGCUUUUAGUAUUUUUUUAAUAGUUUUAAAUAGAGUUUCUGUUUGGUUGGUAGUUUUAUUAAUUAUUGCUGCUGUGUAAGAAUGUACAGAUCCAAACAGAUGACCGAAUAUUUUCAAAAUGUUUAGAACUUGUGCUCUUUUAUAAUAUCAAAUCAAUACCGAUUACUUUCAGAAUUGUGUUUUAAAUGGCAAAUCUUUUUUUUUAUUAUUCAAAUUAAAUAUAUUUUUUUUCCCUCUCAGCUUAAAAAUGUAUGUGGUCAAGAAAAAUUUGUAUAUAGAAGUUUUACAAUUGCAUUAGCUUUAGUAUCAAGCUCAUUAUUUAUUUAACAUGGAUACUUGCACAUAGUCGUAUAUACACGCUUAACAUAUACGCUUAAUGACUUUUAGCUUACAAGCAAGACUUCCCUAAGCAAACAUAAGUAAGUCCUACCACAGCUACAAAGCUACUUUAGAAAAUCAGGAGUUAUGCUGAUAUCCUGUCCUAUAGACACUAAUGUCAUAAAAUAUUGUGUACAGGAAACACUUCUAAUCAAAAAGAUGUCCAUCUUGAUUUCAGAGUGACUAUGAUUUUCUUAUGAAUAUGAAAUAUCAUGUCUUUGUCAUCAGGGAUUUUGUAAGUUGUUCCUCUGAGGAAUACAUUUGAACGCAAAAUACAAACUUGUGCCUCUUUGUUAGUGCACUAGCCAUGUAGGCACGAGAUGGAUAAUGGGACAUGUUGAGAAUGAAUUACUUCAAGACAAAAAGGUGAAGCCACUCAAAAAUGCACUGAGUCAAGUUUGGAAGGGUUUGAUAUGUUGACACUGUUCAAUGAGCUGCUGAAUUUUGUAAGAGAAUAAAUAAAAUGAAUGAAUUGCA